AUGCGCAUGACCCGCCCUCGCCACCACGUGCGCACGCUGCUGUAUAAGAACGCGCUGCUCAAGAGGCGCCACCCGAUCCGCCUCAUCUUUGAGCUCGUGCUGCCCGUCGUCUUCAUCGUGAUCCUUGGCAUCUUGAAGGGGCAGGCCGCUGACAUCACCGUGCCGAGCGGCUGGUCGGACAACAUGGAGUCGACGUUCUCGUCGUCGGCCUCCGUCGCGCCGACGUACUCGGUCUACCUAGGCUACCCGGCCACGUCGCCGGCGCCGGCCAAGUUUGCUGCGACCGAGGCCACCAUCUCGGGUCUUCUAUUGCGGCUGAGCGCCAUGUCACUCGCCGAGGGCCGAGGCCUCGACGAUCUCUCGGCUUCGGACCGCCAGACCUGCUCGUCGCUCUUCCUCUUUAAUGGCGAUGUGAGCAUCGAUUCGACGUCCCCGCACGCCGUGCCGACAGCCUGCGCCGGCAAGGUCGUACCGUACAAGCUCGCGAUUGUGCCCGACACGACGUACACACGGGCGUACUUUGCGGCUGCCGUCCACGCAUGGUACCCGCGCGUGCCGCUGACCAACGCCUCGCGCAGCCUCACGAUCCCGAGCCUCCUCGACGCCAUAGCCUUUUACCCUGACGAGGCAGCGCUCGACGACUACGUCUCAG